AUGUACAGAGUCAAGAAUUCUGUAGUUGGUGUUUCUGCUGUUGAAGUACUGAUUACACCAAUAGUAGCCGAGUUCGGUGUUGUAUUAAUAGUCUCAAAUGUUGAAAUUGGUGCACCUGUAGUUGAUUCAAUUGGUGUUGUUAGAGCAGGGAAUGAUUCUGGCGUUAAAGUACUAAAUACACCAUCUGUAAUUGAUUCGAAUGGUGUCGUUGAAGCAAUAAAUGAUUCUGUAGUUAUUUCAGGUGUCAAAGUAGUAGUUGUACUAUCUUCAGUCAAUUCAUUUGGUGCUGUUGACACGAAGAAUGAUUCUGUAGUUGUUUCAGUUGGUGUUGUAGUACUACUUAUUUCAGUUUCUGUAGUUGGUGCAUCAGUAAUCAUUUCAGGUAUCAAAGUAGUAGUUGUACUAUCUGUAGUUGAUUCGAUUGGUGUUGUUGACAGAAAGAAUGAUUCAGUAGUUAUUUCUGGUGUCAAAGUACCAAUUUCAUCAUUUGUAGUUGGUGUUGUAGUAAUACUUAUUUCAGUUUCUGUAGUUGGUGCAUCUAAAGAAAAUAAUCAAAUGAUAAAAUCAAGCAAACAAAACCCCGAUUACACAACAGAUACCACAUAA